AUGAUGAUCUGGAGGGGUGCGUUGCUAAUCCUGGGGGGUCUGCAGCUUAACCUUUGUGUGUGCGGGAUGCUGUCGAUGCCACUAAAAGCCACCAACGUGACUUGUGAGGUCAAAGCAGAGGACGAAGACUUGUCCCUGGAAUUGCCACCAAAAGACCACUCAGAGCAAGCUGCCUUUGAGCUGAGUGUAUCUGAGGGGUCUGAUCGGGGUCUGGAUGACCCUGAAGAGAUACCUAAUUCAACCAAGAGAGUCUCAGACCACCGGACUAAGAAGGCUGAACUAAGGACCAAAAUCCUUCGCUACGUAGAUUAUACUAUCAUCAUCAAUGCUCGAUUCAUGGUCUACUUAAUGUUUGGGUUUUUUGCUGCUGGGUUCUUUGGCGCAGCUCUGUUCCUGGUUCCAUAUGCUCGUACAUAUAGACGGCUGCACUCGUGUCCAUCUCUGGACCUGUUUAGAAGGUUGUUCUUUGGCUGGCUGGCAAACCUUAGACUGGUGGAGAUGGUGCAGCAGCUGACAGCUACAGUGAUUCUGCUGUGUUACUCCGAUGGCCGCUGGCCUCCUCAUUCUCAAAGCGAGCUGUUUUCAGGCCUGGUGUACGGUGCCACGGUCGCAAUCCGCUUCACCGUGCUGGCCGAGGUUGUGAGCGUCAACAGGCUUGGAAGAGUGCUGGGUUUCUUCAUGCUCAUACGUAGAAGCGGAGGCCUGCUCGGACCGCCCAUUGCUGGCUAUUUCUUACUUAUCUACUGCACUGUUCAGUACUUUGAGGACUUUGACGACCAGAGAGAGUGGCUCUCACCGUCUGCUCUGUUCCUGCUCCUCCUCCAUCAGAUGAACCACAGGGGUCAAGGGUCGACCACCAAAAACAUCGAUAUGCAUACAGAAAAGAUGGGACAAAGCUGA